AUGUGUCUGAUUCGCCGCCAGUUGUGCCGCUCGGUCACGUGUCUGCCUUCUCAGAAGCGCCACUCGUUUCAGGAAUCUCGUCUUAGAGGGUGUCGACCAUCCUCUUCGCGUAGGCAAUGCGCUAAUCACCUCUUACGGCCUCCUUUGCCCAUUGAAGACAUAUUCACGCUUCUUGGUAUCUUUUUGUUUGUGCACAUGUUUGUCGCUACGCCUGCAUUCUUCUUGCACUAA